AUGCUUGCUGGAAACCACACAUUCACACCAGCAGGCCGCAUUCGAAAACCUGACCUCCGCCAGAUUUGCCAGUGGAUUCUAGACAGCUGGAAUGCCAUUUCCACAGACACCAUCAAACGAUCAUUUCUCAAAUGCUGCAUCACGAACGCACUUGAUGGCACUGAAGACGACAUUCUCUGGGAAGAUAUGGAUGAAAGUGAUCCGUUUGCCGACAAUGAUGGAGCGGAGUCAAUUGUAGACGAAGAAGGUGAACUUUUCUAUGCUGGUGAAGAGGAAGUUUCCAUCCUGGAUGUGAACGAACAAGGAUACCGUGACAUUUUUGGUGAAAGUGACAUUGAUGAAGGUGAUUUCAAUGGAUUUUAA